AUGGCGGCCACCUAGCAAUGUUUCGUGGGACUUGCAAAACUUCGAGUUUUUCUGCAAAGUAUGAGUUCAGCAGCGCAAGUAUUAAGACAAGCAGAAGCGCUCAAAGCAAGUGUAUCAGAUUCAAACAAGGGUAUAUCAGAAACAUGGGUGGCCAGACAGAGAUUGGAAGAUCUGUACAAGAAACUGCUGUUGAUGGACUUGGAGUAUGCUCUUGAUAAGAAAGUAGAGCAAGACCUGUGGAACCAUGCUUUUAAAAAUCACAUCAACAGUUUACAGUCCCAAACUAAAGACAAACAGAACCCCAAGCGAGGGGAGACCCAGGCCACGCUGAACCUAUUCUUGGAGACAGCAAGUGGCUUUUACCUACAGUUGCUGCAGCUGAUAUGUACAACCUUCAAACUGGAUCUCCCUUUCAGGAGAAAAUCUUCCUGCUUUGGCAUUUUGAAAGAGAAAAUUCCUAUGAAGGUGAAGAUAACACCCCCUAAGAAAAGUUCCUGCCUGUAUAUAUGUCAACACUGUCUGGUCCACCUAGGAGACAUUGCUCGUUACCGACAGCAGAUAGAACAGGCCCAGACGUACUACUGGCAUGCUGCUAACCUCCUACCUUUUAAUGGCCAGCCCUACAACCAGCUGGCUAUAGUGGAGGCAGCCUACGGGAACAAGCUUUCCACUGUGUUCUACUACAUCCGCAGUCUGGCGGUGAGACACCCAUUCCCUGUGGCUGCAACCAACCUGGAGAAACUUUACAACAAACUGGCCAAAGAUCCUUGUGAGUUGAAAGGGAAGCUGUCUGUCAGUGAGAUGAUCACAGCCUUUCUCCAGUUCCAGGCAUUCAUACACAUGUGUGUUGAACUCCAGAGAGCAGAGCUGCUUAGUGAAAAACUAGUGGCAGCCUUACCAGCACAUGUAACGUCACAGAGUUUUCCGUCGGGUAUUCUAGUGCAGAUUAUUGCCAUCAACAUCUUCGCAAUGCAGCAUGCCAGGCGACAGUUGUCGUCGGACUCUGAAGAUCUCAGCAAUGGACACCUAUAUGAAAGCUUGACUGUGGAUGAAGAGACUUCAUUUCAACUCAUGUUCAAAUUCACAAUACUUGUGCUUGAUGUGCUGCUACAGUACACCCCAAAACAAGAACAAAAGUUGCGUGAUUUCUUCACUCUGCCUGCUGUAAAACUUUUGUUAGAUUGGUUCAAACUCAACCCCGAACACCUCCACAAUCCUAUCCUGAAGACCUCAAGUCUGUGGGUGAAUUUGUGUAAAGUCCUGAACAACAUCCGACCAUCAUCUGCUCCCAAGGAGGGCAAGCUUGACAUUGGCAAGUAUGAGGAUUUACCCCUGACAGAGGAUGCAGAACUGCGAUGUUUUCAGCCACUUGAGAAGGCUCACAGUGGGUUUAGCUUCAGUCGGGUGCCGAGUGAAGGCCUGCCAUCAGAAGUGGAGUCACAGCUGCGCUGUCGCCGACUGCUUGCCCAUGGACACUGGAUAGCUGAGGAAUACCCAGGCUUAAACCUCAUGAAUAUUCAAGCCAAUAAAAUAGGCAAAGUACAGUUCACUGCCCCUUCAGCUCCAGUCAAGGUCACUGCCUCAUUGACCCCAAUCAAGGUUAUUGGCACAACAUCAGCGCCAGUUAAGGUGAUGUCACCCUCAGUGCUUGUUAAGACCGGAACCGCAGCUUCGGAAUCCCAACCUUUUCAAUCUAGUCCAGAGAGAAAGCCAGUACGGCAAAAUGUUGCUAUACAGGCCAUUAUUCAGAAGCAGAGUCAGACCAAUAAAGACCAGGGCAGUGGAGAGAAGGCAAUCACUAUAAUACAACAACCUUCAGACAAGGUGAAGGCUGUAGAAGGAGUGGAGAGAGGUGGUAAGCUGUGCCCUCCUAAGUACAUACUGGGGGUUCCUACCAGUGAACCUUUGUUCAUGAAACCGAGUGGAGGCCGUCCCUCAACUGGAGGCACAGUAGGGACCGGAAGACCCCCAACACAGACCCCACCUCGCCUACAGAAACAACAGCAGCUACAACUUGCUCAGCAACAGAUGCAGACUCAUCCAGAGGAGGAAGAGGGUAUGGAGGAGGAGGAUCAAUCGUCAUGGCAACCUGUACAUCAACAUCAGAUAUCCUCCCAGGACCAAACAAGCAAACAAACAAAGAUUGCUUGGCAGCUGACCUCUCAACAAUCUGCCAAGGAUGCCCCACCACAACUGUUGACCUCACAACAGACAGCUGGAUAUCCAAAGCAACAGGCAGGCCCACAGUUUUCUCCACAGCCACUGAACAGUCAAGCUUUGUCACCAGGACAACAAAGACAGGUGGCAUCCCCUCACCAGCCACCCAGGAUGACUUCACCUCUAGCUCACCCUGCACAGUCUCCCAAACCUGUCAUGAUCCUUCAGUCAGACUUCAGGUCUCCCCCUCGGAAGCCUGUCACUCAGCAACAGAAACAACAGGAACAUCAUCAGCACCUGCAGCAGCCACAGCAACAGGGUCAUUCUGCCUCCUCCCCAUCCAGUGAAUUUGAUAUGAUUGGAUACACCCAACAUAUGGCCAACCAGGAUGGAGGCUCAAUGCGAGGAGGGAAUUUUGACCCCAAUAUUCUAUAUAGGACGUCAGGACCUGGCCAGCACAAUGCUUUACAAGGGCUUCAACAAGACAUAUCCCCUGUUCAAGGUCAAGUCCAAGGUCAAGGUCAUGAAGGGUCAAAUGAUAAUGCGGAAUUGCGAUCCUCACAACACCAGAGGCAUGCCCGAUCACAUCCUGCUGGAGUUCUUGACCCAAAUAUGUCCUUUGUGAAUCCCCCAUCAGGAGCUCCUAUGAUAGGCAAACAAGGAAACAACAUGAGGCCUCCCUCUCAGCAAGGGAGUCAGGUGGGAAACCAUUUCUCUAGAAAUUAUCCCCCACCAAAUAUGAACAUGUACUAUGGGCAGCAGAGCAACAUGCAGAGGCCACCCCAAAGUAACCAUAUCAACCAGUCCUCUGGUUCUGGUACUGACCAUAUUCCUGGAGUAGGGGGGCCACUCCAGGGUAGCCACAUGAACCAGACUUCAGGUCCUGGUGUUGACCAUAUUCCUGGAUCAAGGGAACCAGAGAUAGGGGCAGUAGUUGGUGGGAUGGACAACAUGCCAGGGGGGCACUCAUACAAGGGACAAUCAAAUCGAUCAUUAAUCCCAGGUCCAAUAGCCACACAUCUACAGCAACAUGGGCCACCACCUCAGCAGAAUCAGCCUCAGCAUGGUCCACCAUCUCAGCAGAAUCAGCAGCUUAGAGGACCAUCUUUACAACAGGCACAACUGAGAGGACAGCCUCCACAGCACACUCAGCUACAGAGAGGACUGCCUCCACAACACAAUCAGCAACAAAGAGGACCUCGUCCACUCCAGAGUCAGCAGCUUAGAGGCCAACCUCUGCACCAGAAUCAACAACUCAGAGGGCCUCCUCCCCAACAGAAUCAACAACAGAGAGGACAACCCCUUCAAACACAUCCAUCUCACACUCAGAGUUCAGCUCAUUCCCCAGGGCAACCCCACCCAUCUCGCCCCCAACAGCCCCACCCUCACCAACAGCCCCAACAACAGCAAGGUGUCAACCCUUCAUACCAGGGGCCCAUGUUUAACCCUAUCAACUUCUUGGCAGGCAUCAGUCGGUUCAACCUUGCAAACCAGAACUUCGGCAACAUGGAGGGACUGGACCUGAUCAGACAAAAUCUGAAGAAAGAGGAUCUCCCUCCAAACGCUGCUGACAUUCUUGGGGCCCUGUCACUACUUGCAGUACAGCCACCCAGGGGUAUGCAGGACACGUUGAUGGUACCCAACAGACAUGCUUCCUUCCAAGGUCAUGCAGAGGGAACGCCGAAGCCAGAUUCCUCCUCCCCGCCGAGUAGAAGCCCCCUGUUGACUCCCGAGAUAGAGCCCCGGCCACCCUGUCAGGUGACCAUGCCAAGCCCCGCACCUCAACAGCUGGGUACCUACACACUGUUCAGCAGUUCGCCGUGGUCUGUACCACUGUCAACAACCGACACCAAAAGUUUGGCCUCAUCGCCAUUUUCCUCAGAGUCCAACAGUAUGAGGAAUUCUCCUGACCCACCUGUGGACACAUACAUGGAGAACAAGCCUGGAAGUCACGGCUUUGAGAUGGGACUCAGGUUCGGACCAACUGAGGACCACAGCAGGAGGGAAAAAGGGGGACAACCCAUGCCACAUCCUGAAGUGCAGCCUGCACAAGAACAGGGGGGCCCAGGGCCAUUCUUUCCAAGUACCUUCCAGUCUAUCUGGUCAUCAGGAUCCUCGGCUGGUCAGUCACCAUUAGAACGUCUCCUGGAGAAACAAAAACGUCGACAGAAUGACCCACAUUGAGGGGAGGCCGUGGACAAGGGAUACACAUCCAAGGAAUUUCUCCUCAGCCUGCACACAACAUGUGUCACUGGCUCUACCAAAACACAAUGACACCAGAUGUCAACAGCUGAUAAGCUGUAACAUAAUGUGUCAACAGCUUGUGUCAAUAACGGAUAAUGAUGACAGAAUAUGUCAACAGAAAGACAGCAGUGUCAUUGUGUCAGUUAACAAUAUGAUGACAUAAUGUCUCAAUUGAAGAGACAAUAUUGAGUCAACAGUAGAAAUGAUGACAUGAUGUGAUAUUAAGACAACAAUUAUAUCACCAUUUAAGGUUUAAAUCUAUCUGGUGUCAACAUGUCAUUGCUACAUACUUACAACAUACAAGGAACUGUCAACGAUGCCAGUGUUGUCUAUCAGCGUACAGGUGUCAACAAACACAGGCAGUACAUAAGUGUACAGUUGUCGCCAAACACGGGAAGUACAUUAGCGUAUAUGUGUCAACAAAUGCUGGCAGUACAUUAGUGUAUAGGUGUCGCACAGUACAUUAGUGUAUAGGUGUCGCACAGUACAUUAGCAUACAGACACAAUGAAUGUGUCCGCAGGAAUGGUUUGCAAAGCAAACAUUUGACAUUGUGUAUGAUACAAGGGUGGAAUGUGAUAAACAGUUUUAGCUUGCACUCCUACUGUUUUUGCACAGAUUGUACAUAUAUUAAAUUAUAUGACAGAUUAUAUUGUCACCAUUUAUUCCAGGUUAUGUCAGGAUGUCAUUUGUGUUUAUACAUAUACGUGUUUUAUGAAACUCAUGCUUCAGCUUAUAAUGAGAUCACUGGUCAUAUUACUAGUUAUUCAUUGCACAUGAAUUUGAUGUCAACUGCUGUGACUAAACAGGUCACGUGAUCAAGUCAAGUCCGUGAUGUCACUAACAAGCAGGAACGCGAGGUUUUGUCACUAACAAGCAGGAACGGAGGUUUUCAUCUGAAUUCAUUUAAAACCUCUCCUGUGUUAUAGACUUUAACAAAAUGAACUCACGGUCAAUAAGUUACACUUUUAAGUGUCAACAUUUAGUGACAAAUUGCCAAAUUAUGUGAAUAUAUCUUAUAUCAUGUGAUAAAUUGCCAUAUCAUGUGCAAUUUUUCAUAUCAACUGACUAUUUAUUGUAUCAUGUGACUAUUUGUCGUAUUCUGUGACUUUUUCAUACCAUGUGACUUUUGUCAUGUUAUGUGAUUAGUUGUCAUGUUGUGUUAUAUAUGUUGACUGAUUAGGGAGCCAUACUGUUUUAUUUGUUUAUGUGUGUUAGAUCACUGACACCAUGUGCAGAUGUAUACACAAUGUCACUAUCAUCUUUGUAAUAGUGACAUACCUGUAUCACAAUAUCACCGGUCAAAAGGUGUAAACAUGUGUCACACCUGUGUCACUAUAUCACCGGUCAGAAGGUGUCAAAGUGUCACACUUGUGUCACAAUAUCACCUGUGUCACUAUAUUACCGGUUAGUAGGUGUAGACAUGUGUCACCAUUGUCAGUGUCACAGUGACACUCCUGUGUCACUAUAUCACCUGUGUCACUAUAUCACCUGUGUCACUAUAACACCUGUGUUACUAUAUCACCUGUGUCACUAUAACACCUGUGUCACUAUAUCACAUGUGUCACUAUAUCACCUGUGUCACUAUAUCACAUGUGUCACUAUAUCACAUGUCAAAAGGUGUAAACCCAUGUCACUAGUUACACAUUAUCACAGGUAUAUGUCUGUGAUGUAGAUAGGAAUGUUGACAUCCUUUUUAAAAAGUGGACCAUAAUAAUGUAGGACAUUGGAGUAUUAUCACAGGACAAAUUGGUGAUUGGUAUAUAUAAGAAUGACUAUUUGAGUGUAAUUGUGACAAAGUGAUAUAAGUAUAGAAUUAUGAGGUAGAUGUAUUAGAGUGUCUACAGGCACAGAGUUAUGGUCAGAAACCUCACUAACAUUGACUGGGUACUAUUUCAGUUUCAGUUACAUUAAUUAAGCCGUAUCUUUCCACAUGUGAGGUAUGUCAUUUGUUCUCAAAUCAAUAUGUUGAACUCUCCCUUGUUAAAAAGAGAUGUAAGAUAGAUCCAGCCUAUGUAAAACAUGGGUGAAGUAUAGAGCUGGCUCAUGUAGCACCAGGAUACAGGUAAAGGAUAAUUACCUGUGUCAAGUCAGGGCAUGUUGUAUAGAGCUGGCUCAUGUAGCACCAGGAUACAAUUAAAGGAUUAUUACCUGUGUCAAGUCAGGGCAUGUUGUAUAGAGCUGGCUCAUGUAGCACCAGGAUACAGGUAAAGGAUUAUUACCUGUGUCAAGUCAGGGUAUGUUGUAUAGAGCUGGCUCAUGUAGCACCAGGAUACAAUUAAAGGAUUAUUACCUGUGUCAAGUCAGGGCAUGUUGUAUAGAGCUGGCUCAUGUAGCACCAGGAUACAGGUAAAGGAUUAUUACCUGUGUCAAGUCAGGGUAUGUUGUAUAGAGCUGGCUCAUGUAGCACCAGGAUACAAUUAAAGUAUUAUUACCUAUGUCAAGUCAGGGCAUGUUGAAUUAAUAGAAUUCUAAUUAA